AUGGUACAGAAGGAUGUGAACAAACGCAAAGGAGGAUUCAAGUUCAGAGCACUUCCUGAGCAUGCCUAUCAAGGAAAAGCUAAAAAAAUAAAGCAAGAUCUAAUUUUAAAGGCAAAGACGAAGAAGCAUUACUUUAAGAAUGUCAAGCCCGAGGAGUAUCGCAAAAAGAAGACAGAAGAAGACUCGUCCAAGCCUACACCGAAAAAAAACCACCUGGAAAAAUUAUACGAGGUGUCUGAAGAAAAAAGAAAACGAAAAGAAGCAGCAAUCCAACAGAACCAGCAAAAAAAGAAUGAACACGAUAAAAAAAUCCAUGAUCGCAUAGAGACUCGCAAACAAUUGUCAAAACGAACAAAGCAUGGUCAGCCUGUUAUGAAAAAUCAAGUUAACCAUCUAUUGAAUAAAGUCAAAAAGGAGAUGGCUUCUUGA